AUGUUGUCUCGAGUGCGAUCUUUCGCCAGUGAUCCACAGCAUCGUUUCGCAUCUUCCGCGAUUGUCAUUGUGCUGACACAUGGUGAACGGGAUCAGCUGUUGGGUGUUAGCGGAGAUGAUGAUGUGCUGUCAGUGUACCCGUUCCUGGAAGCCCUUAAUGCCAGAAAUGCGCCUUUGCUCGCCGGAAAACCAAAGUUGGUAUUCAUCCAAGCGUGUAGGGGAGGUGAGUGUGUUGCCAAAUUUGAAACUUUUUUUCAUAUUUUUGCUGACGAGUGCUCUAGAACUUACCGUCAGUAUCUGGCUAUAAGGAUUUCCUUUGUUGGCUACACAAUAUUCUCAGGCUCCAGUGAGUUUUAG